AUGUGUGUUCCAGCCGCAUCAACUUUCACUCCAGGAAACCAUGUAGAUGGAGCAAUUUUGAUGCAAUACAAAAGGAGGAGGAUAGAUGCCCAAUCAAGCAGCAAACCACAUGAUCCCUGUUCAAUCAAGCACAAGAAGUCUUUGGAAUCUCUUUUGAACGCUAACAAAAAAAUCCCCUCAAAACAGGGUGAAGAAAAGGAUGAAGUCCACACUCUAGAUAAUCAACAAGAGAAAAGCAGCAGCCUCAACUACAUGCUUAUUGGAGAAGCAAAAGAGAACCACGUUCAAAAUGUAGCAGAGAGUGCCAAGGAAGACAUCCCAACAGAGCUCAUUCAGUCCAAAAUAAUUUUCACGGAAUCAAAGCAAACAACAUUUUCUGGUUUUCAAAACACAUCAAUUCAGGAAUUGGCAAGAGCAAAAUAUUUCUUCGCCGAUGAUAGCACUCCCUCAUUCAGGAUCUCUGAAGAUGUGGAUGAAUGUGGAAAUAUAAUCGAAGAACAUGAAUUGUGCAGGCUUGUAUGGAUGAAGGAUGAGUGUUACAAAAAAAAGAUAGAGGCAACGAAGUUGAAGAUCGCCAAAAACUUCAAGGAAGUACAGCCAGAAGAAGUUGACAUUUGUGUGCAAGGGAAUACAAACUUGAAGAAACAGGGAAGCAAUAGUUCAAACUACGAGCUAAGCAUUCAGUGCGCCCAAAGGGAAGUACAAAGAAGUUUGAUGUGUGAGACGCCACAGCCCCCAAAACCAGUUGAGGAGAUUGUUGAUUUGACAACACCUGAAGUUCAAAUGUCAACUGGGUGGAAUCACAGGCAAACUUGCUACUCACCAUGCAAAAAUAAUAACAAGUACACAGCCGAGACUCCCCCACUCAAAAUGAAGAAGGUAGUUCUGAAAUAG